GCCAACCGUCGCUGAUUUCAAAAUGUUCGCAUCGUAGAACUCAACACACGCGGCUCUGUAGCGGCGGCAGUGCAUCACAUCCACGUGAUGCCUAGAUAAAACGAUCAAUUGACAAAUUCAUGAAAAAUGGUGCGAAAGAAGAUUGACAAUAGGAUUAGAAGCCUGAUUGAAGAUGGAGUCAACUGUGGACACAGGACAAUGUUUGUUGUCAUCGGCGAGAAAGCCAAGGAUCAGGUGGUGCUGCUGCAUCACAUUUUGCUGAAGUCAGCUGUCAAAGCCCAGCCAACGGUACUAUGGUGCUACAAGAAAGAUCUCGGUUUCAGCAGCCACAGGAAGAAACGCAUGAAGCAGAUAACGAAGAAAGCAAAGUCAGGAAAGUUGAAUUUCAAUGAGGACGAUCCCUUUGAUUUAUUUAUACUUUCCACAAAAAUUAGGUACUGUUAUUACAGUGAGACCCAUAAAAUUCUGGGUAGUACCUAUGACAUGUGUAUUUUACAAGAUUUUGAAGCUCUGACUCCAAACUUGAUGGCUAGAACCCUGGAAACUGUACAGGGUGGUGGAAUUAUAGUGUUUCUUCUGCAGAGCAUGAAUUCCUUGAAACAACUUUACACCAUGAACAUGGAUGUCCACCAGAGAUUCAGAACAGAGGCUCAUCAGGACGUGGUUUGUAGGUUCAAUGAAAGGUUUCUCUUGUCUUUGGCCUCUUGCGAACGUUGUUUGGUCGUUGACGACCAACUGCAAGUACUACCUAUCUCCUCGCAUAAUUUGAAUCAGAAGCCUAGCCAAAGAACUGCAAUUGACACAACUGAGUUGGAUUUGUUGAAGAAGAGUUUACAAGAUACUCAACCAGUUGGGGCUAUUGUCAACUGUUGUAAAACAUCUGAUCAAGCAAAGGUUCUGCUCAAAUUCAUAGAGGCUAUUUCUGAAAAAACCUUAAGAUCCACAAUAUCUUUAACUGCUGCAAGAGGACGGGGUAAAUCAGCAGCUCUUGGAUUAGCCAUAGCUGGGGCUGUUGCAUUCGGCUACUCUAAUAUCUACAUCACAAGUCCUAGUCCUGAAAAUUUGAAGACUGUAUUUGAAUUUAUUUCAAAAGGAUUUGAAGCCUUGAACUAUCAGGAGCACACUGAUUAUGAAUUCUUCCAAUCAACCAAUCCAGAAUUCAAUCAAGCAACCAUCCGAGUUAAUGUUUUUAGGGACCACAGACAAACAAUUCAAUAUAUCCAUCCAACAGAUGCCAAAGGAAAACUAAGCUUGGCAGAACUACUAGUUAUUGAUGAAGCUGCAGCUAUCCCAUUGCCUCAUGUCAAAGCCAUGCUUGGACCUUACUUGACCUUCAUGGCAUCGACGAUCAAUGGAUAUGAGGGUACAGGUCGUUCUCUCACACUGAAACUUCUGAAUCAGCUGAGAGCUCAGACAGUACAAACCAAUUCUGUCAACAAGCAAGAGAAGGACUUGAUGGCAAAAGCUGUAAUAGGAAGAGAACUCCAAGAGCUUGUGUUAGAGGAGCCAAUAAGAUACAGAGCUGGGGAUAGCAUUGAAAAAUGGCUUUGUGAUCUGCUAUGCUUGGAUGCAACAACUGUUUCUGCUUCCAUGUCAUCCGGAUGUCCUACACCAGAAGACUGUCAACUUUACUACAUAAAUAGGGACACACUGUUUUCCUAUCACAAAGCCUCAGAAAUCUUUUUACAACGAAUGAUGGCGCUCUGUGUCUCUUCUCAUUAUAAAAACAGUCCAAAUGACUUGCAGAUGAUGUCAGAUGCACCUGCUCACCACCUCUUCUGUCUCUUGGGACCAGUUAAUCCUGACACCAAAACGUUGCCAGAAAUCUUAGUAGUUGUACAGAUAUGUCUAGAGGGUCAAAUUAACAAGUCGACCAUUUCCGACGGUUUAGGAAGGGGUCGCAGAGCCGCCGGUGAUCUCAUACCCUGGACAGUAGCUCAGCAAUUCCAAGACGAAGACUUCCCGUCCCUUAGCGGUGCUCGCGUGGUGCGAAUCGCAACGCAUCCCGAUUACCAGGGAAUGGGCUACGGUAGUCGUGCACUCGAUCUUCUCCGACAGUAUUAUCAGCUUUGCAUUCCAAGUUUGGAAGCCGACGACGUCGAAACCGAAGCACAAACCGAAGCCUCGCAGGUCCAGGAUUCAGAGGUCGACUUACUCGAGGAGACGAUCGAGCCCAAGAGUUCAUUGCCUCCGUUACUGCUGAAGCUAUCCGAAAGGAAACCCGAGCACCUGGACUACCUCGGCGUCUCUUUUGGAGUCACCGAGUCACUUUUGAAGUUCUGGAAACGCGCCAAAUUUAUUCCAGUGUACCUGAGGCAGACCACUAACGAGAUCACUGGAGAACACUCCUGCAUCAUGCUGUCUAACUUGCAGGAUACCUCUGCCGACUGGCUCAAGGCAUACUGGAAGGACUUCCGCCGACGAUUCAUCUCGUUACUCUCCUCGUCUUUCAGGGACUACGCUCCGUCAUUGGCGCUCGCUAUUUUGACGAAUAAUACUAUUAAGCUACCAAGCGAAACAAUACAGAAACAAAUUCUGGACACCUACUUCACCUCUUACGACGUCGGUCGAUUAGAGAAGUACAGCAGCAAUAUGACUGAUUAUCACUUGAUAAUGGAUUUGGUGCCACCGUUAGCUCGGCUUUACUACCUUAAUUUAAUGGGAAGCGUACACUUUUCGCCCGUGCAAUCUGCCAUACUACUGAGUCUGGGUCUACAACACAAAACCGUCGAUCAAGUUGUCGAGGACUUGAAUAAAACGUCGGCCAACGAUACUAAUCUUUUGUUGGCGUCCCAAGUCCUUGGAUUGUUCAACCGCAUAGUCUGCAAAGCUACAAAGUACUUGAACGAUGUAAUAAAGAACGACGUCGGAAGCGCUUUCAAGGAAAUUAAAGAUUCGUCUGAGAACGUUAAAGUCAGCCUUCAAAAUGGUUCGGAUAUGCAAAAGGAACUGGAAGCCGCCGACAAAGAGUUGAAGAAGAAGCAGAAAGUGGAAUUGGAAAAACUGAAGCAGACCUCUCUCGAACAAUACGCAAUCAAGGGGAGUGAGGCCGAAUGGUCGAACGCCUUGAAGUCAAACAAGACUAACAAAAAUUUACUCUCUGUGAAGAGCUUGGAAAAACGGGCUAACUCUAAUAAUGAAGGAAACCAGAGCUUUCAAGAAAAAGGCUCCGGAAACAAAAAGAAGGGAAAGAAGAGAAAGCAUAGCUUGUAAGGACUUUUAUAAGGAAGAUUAAAGUAACAAUUACUUUUUAUUAUGAAAAUUGGAAAAGUUGAUAUUAUUUUAAACGAGAAAGAACGUGCAAGAUAAUAUUAAUUUUUUUGUAUAGUUUUGUAACUUGUAAAUAAUAAAUUUACGUUUUUAAAA